AUGGCUCUCAAAGGUGCUAAGCGAAAGUACUUUAUCGAUAUCCUUGACCUCAACCACAAGCGACACACAGAGGAAAACAUCUUCUCAUCUCUCAAGGCUUCACUCAAGUCCAAGCAAAUUGGAUUGGAUCAAAGACUCUUGAACGACGAAAAUCCCCAAAUUCUCAAAAUUCACUGUACCUUGCAUGUUUUCAAUCUCAUUGCUAAGCGGUUUGUCAAUCAUCCCAUGAUGGAAGCUGUCGUCAAGAAAAACAAAACAUUGGUCAAUUACUUCACCAAUUCUGGCUUCUGGCGCGAGCAUCUGACUACGUGGCAAAAAGAAAACAGUGUCAAACACGGUCUACAAACCCUUUGUGAAAGAAGGUGGUACUCAAUGGGGAAGGUCUGCUUGGGUGUUCAAUCGCACGAAAUCGGCUUCCAAAAAUGCCUCGAACUGCUCCGAAACCAACAAGUGGACACACCCUCAAUGACGGACGCAGUUGUCAAGGUCAUUGUGGAUCGAGAUCACUUCACUGCAAAUCAAACACUAGUUCAGCUUCUAAAACCAGUGGUUGAUGCAAUCGGUCAUCUAGAACGAGCAGAUACUUGUCUCGCUGAUAUCUGGAAAGAAAUGAUAGAUGUCUAUAAGAACAUUCGCGACACUGAAGUUUACUCUAGGUUUGAGCCUGUCAAACAGCAUUGCCUCGAUGUCCUUCAUGCACAAACGAAAGUAUUUCAUGAGGACAUUUAUGUCCUUUCUUUCUUUCUUCACCCAGCUUAUCGACGUGUAGCUGUCUCAAAGAAGCACUCAUUAAACGAUAUCGGUCGGAUGAUCCUCCAAGUUGCGAAACACUGGAAGAUGUCUAAAUCUCAGGCGUCUCUCCUGCGAGAUGCUGUCCAUCGAUAUUAUAAUGCAAUCUAUCCUUACAAUUCAAAGACAAUUUCUAAACCUCUACAUUACUGGCUCACCGUUCCUUAUACACCCGAGUCAGAAUCACUUAAAAAACUGGCGAUUGGAAUCCUCGAGAUUGUACCCCACGCUGCUGGAGUCGAGGGACUGUUUUCAAUGAUGACCGCUAUGAAAACAAAAUCUCGUAAUAGAAUUUUGCCUAAUACUUUGAAGAUGAUGGCUCAGAUCAAGCUACAUCUUCUUCAAGGCGACCCCUUACUAGCCGCUAGAAGAAAAAAUCAGAGGACUUCUUUGAAUUCAACCCAAGAAGACUCGGAAUAUGAAAACAUGAAGGCUUACGAUUCUUUCAUCACACCAGCCGAACUUGAGGUCUUUGAAGAUGGCAUCUUUACAAAGAACCAGCUCACUACACUAACUUCAAGAGAAGAUGCGUUCAUGGACACAAUCUUCGACUUUGACUUGAUUGAAUCUACUCCCGACCAGCCUGACGACGACGUUAUCGACAUCGAUGCAAUUGAAGGCAACAAGUCUGAUGCAUCCGACUGGGAUCCAGAAGAUCUCUGGGUCUCAUGA